AUGACAAAGCAUUGGCCGGGGCAGAGUCUCUUGGCACCGAUCGCUUCAUCCCACCUAGGAGAACUUCUCGACCAUCAACUUGACUUCCACAGAAAUGAGCAGCAGAGUUUUCCUCCCAGCGGCGUAGCGCCGUGGAGCUCACCAGCCCAACACUGGCCUUACCUCUCGGAUCCGAUGCCUCCACAGCAGCUGCCGCGCUCGGAGGAACCAACGGAGCGCCCCGGACACCUCACCGGCGCCACGGGAUUCAUGGAUAAAGAGGAAGCGCCUGGAUCUUUAAACCCGAAUGAUCAAGAUGGACAGUUUAAGCAGGAUGAAACGCAGGACAUGUGGAAAAGUGAACGGGAGAAAAGAAAUGCCGGCAAUGGGAAGAAAAAGAACUACCAGAGGUACCCAAAACCUCCGUAUUCCUAUCUUGCAAUGAUCGCUAUGGUCAUCCAGAGGUCUCCAGAGAAGAAGCUGACGUUAGCGGAGAUCCUCAAGGAGAUCAGUACCCUCUUUCCAUUUUUCAAAGGAAACUACAAAGGCUGGCGAGAUUCUGUGCGACACAACCUUUCCUCAUAUGACUGCUUUGUUAAGGUAUUAAAAGACCCAGGUAAGCCACAGGGCAAAGGCAAUUUCUGGGCAGUGGAGCUGAGCCGCAUUCCUCUGGAGCUUCUCAAGAGGCAGAACACGGCCGUGUCCCGCCAGGAUGAAACCAUCUUUGCUCAGGAUCUGGCUCCUUACAUCAUGCAGGGACACAAGCCUGAGUCUGAGGCGCCCCCUGAACCUGUGACCUCACUCCCUCCCACAUCUUCUGGAAACUCUUUCCCACCGCAGGAUGACUUGUACAGACCUAAGCUGGAUUCGUCCUUCGCGAUCGACUCCCUGCUACACAGCCUGAGGCCAAUCAGUGCCUCUGGGGAUUUAGAUAUGGCUUCAGGGGACUGCUGGGGUGAGGUGGCUCGGGCUCGGCCUUCACCGGCUCCGCAACAUCGUUACACCUCCUCUGCUCGCAGUGCCUCUGCCAGCUCUGCAAGCCCAGCCUCCACCUCCUCCUCUUCCUCGUCUUCGUCUGAUGAAGAGUGGAAAGGAGUAACUGGGAAGCGUGUUCCUCCUGAUGUGGAAGCAGGGGCAGAUAUUUGCAGGCCACCACUACAGAAAUCAGCCAGAAGGGAAACUGUACCACCUCCAUGGGAGCUGCCUACCUCCUACGCUAAAUAUGCACCCCCUAAUGUCGUUGCCCCACCUAGCAUGCGUUUCAACGGGGGUCCUCUGAUGCCCCUGCACAGCGGGCUACCCAUCUACGGCUAUGGUAGCUCUCCCAUGACACCAAGUCACUUCUUGGGCCAUACAUACUGGCCCAUCCUCCCCACUAGACAAGUUUCAGUGAGAGCCCCUCCUUUACUCAUGGACCUGGACAACAUGUUGCAAUCUGUGCCUCCAAAUAAGAGUGUGUUUGAUGUGCUGGUACCAGCCAGUCAAAACUCUCACCCACACCAUCAGCAGCCCGGUCAGUACUCUUUGCAGAAUGGGGCUCCUCUCAACCGGUACCAUCAAUACUGA